AUGUACACUGCAGAAACCCGAAUAUUCUCCAUAAAGAAGUUUCUUCUGCUGGGGAGUGCUGUUUUUCUCUUCGUAUGCGCGCUUUCGUGCGGAGGAUAUGCUAUGAUAUCUCGGAGAAAGGCCAAGCAGAGCGCUAGGCAGUCUUCUCCCCCUGCAGAGCCUUUGAAGAAAGCAGCGGCGGCGCCAACGCCCGGCACAGCCUCCGCGUGCAGCAAGCGCGUGCUAAAAAGACAGGCCGAGAAACCCCAGAAGGCUGAGGGCCCUAACGAUUUGAACUCCGAGAAAUGGAAACAGUUCAACACCAGAUACAAAACCAAAAACAACUGCAGAAGCAAGUCUAAGAAAAGAAAAAAAAGAAGCUUCCAACGAGCAGAAGGAAGCGAGUACGACUCAGACGAAAUAAGCUGCUACAGCUCCACGCAGAUGCAUAUAUACAUGGUGUGCACAGAAAAACCCCAACCCCCCGAAUAG